AUGUAUAUCUAUUUUGCAGUUAUUCCUCUUCAUUCACAUGCUUCGUCUGUUACUGUGUUCAGUGGAUUGAACUUCUCUGAAUGGCAUGAACAAGUCCAGUUUCACUUAGGUGUGAUGUAUCUUGGCUUGGCUCUACUGAAUGACAAACCUACCGCCAUUACUGAUAAGAGCAGUGAGAAUGAGAAGUCUUUUCAUAAAUCAUGGGAACGCUCUAACAGAUUAAGCCUUAUGUUCAUGCGAAUGACUGUCGCUAACAACAUUAAGAGUACUAUUUCACAAAUAGAAAGUGCCAGGGAAUACCUGAAGUUUGUAGAAGAAUGUUUUUGUUCUACUAAUAAGUCUCUCACUGGUACACUAAUGGCUGAACUCACGACCAUGAAGUUUGAUAGGUCUUGUAGUAUGCAAAAUCAUAUCAUUAAGAUGACUAACAUUGCAACAAGACUUCAAACUUUGGGGAUGAAAGUGGAUGACACCUUCUUGGUUCAGUUUAUUCUGAACUCACUGCCUCUUGAGUAUGGACCAUUCCAAAUUAACUAUAACACAAUUAAGGAUAAGUGGGAUGUUAGUGAAUUGUCCAGUCAAAGAGAUGGUAAAGGACUUAAAGUAAAGGCCAACAAGUUUAAGAAAAAGAAAGCACCUGCUAAAGUUCCACAUGAUGCUCAUAAGGAACUCAAGGUUGAUGUGUGUCGUUUCUGUAAAAAGGAAGGACACUAUCAGAAAGAUUGCCUGAAACGUAAAGCUUGGUUUGAAAAGAAAGGUACAUUUAGUGCUUUUGGAUUCACUACGAUCCAAACUACAAAUCUAAAUAAGGAUUACGUGUUCAUGGGAAAUCGCAUGAAGGCUCAAAUUGAAGGUAUAGGGACUUAUCGAUUGAUAUUAGAGACUGGACAUCACCUUGAUCUAUUACAGACUCUUUAUGUUCCUUUAGUUUCUAGGAAUUUGAUUUCCCUUUCAAGACUUGAUGUUUCUGGAUUUGAUUUUAAGUUUGGACAUGGAUGUUUCAAUUUAUAUAAGAACACUAUUUUUUAUGGUUCUGGUGUUCUUAUUGAUGUUUUAUAUAAAUUGAAACUCGAUAAUAAUUUUUCUGAAUCUCUGCUUACUAUUCAUCAAAAUGUUGGAAUUAAAUCUAGUUCACUAAAUGAAAGUUCUGCUUAUUUGUGGCAUAAAUGUUUGGGUCAUGUAUCCAAAGAACGAUUAAAAAGAUCAAUAAAGAAUGAAAUUCUUCUGAAUUUGAAUUUUGUUGAUCUUGAUAUAUGUUUGGAUUGCAUUAAAGGAAAGCAAACCAAACAUAUCAAGAAAGGUACCACAAGGAGGACUCAACUUCUUGAAAUUAUAUACAGUGAUAUUUGCGGACCCUUUGAUGUUCUAUCUUUUGGUGGAGAAAAAUAUUUUAUCACCUUUAUCGAUGAUUUUUCACGUUAUGAAUUUAUCUAUUUAUUGAAAGAAAAAUCUCAAGCAGCGGACUCUUUCAAAGUGUACGUUAAUGAGGUUGAAAGACAAUUAGAUAGAAAAGUGAAAAUCAUUAUGUCAGAUAGAGGUGGUGAAUAUUAUGGAAAGUAUAAUGAAUCCGAACAAUGUCCAAAUCCAUUUGCAAAAUUCCUUGAGAAUGGUGAAGUUAGUGGGAGUGUUGAACGACAAAGUGUGAAAAUUAAUGAGGUAAGGGUAAAUAUUUCAUUACCCAUGAAUGUACCUAGUUCCGCACCAAUCACAAAUGUUGUUCCUCUUGUUGAAGAAUACUUUAACAAUGUUGAACAACAUUUAGGUGAAACACUUCAAAAAGGAACUAACUCGCAAGUAUCUGACGCAAAUGAACCACAAACAAUGCCAUUAAGAAAAUAG